ACUCUGUUUAAAGAGUUUUGAUGCAUUUGCCCCAGAGGAAACUUACUAGGAAGGAAAGGAAGAAAUCCUGCUUCUCUGGGGUCAAGGAGUAUGCACACCUCCUUGGUGGCCCUGCCACUUUAGUGUGUAUCAUGGCUCUUGUCUCUCAGCCUAUUAGAAUGAGUGCAGUUCUGACCUCCCCCUUUGCUUCCUAUCUCUCAUCUGCAGGUCACCUAUCUGGGGAAAGUCUCCACCACAGGCAUGCAGUUUUUAUCUGGCUGCACCGAGAAGCCAGUCAUUGAGCUCUGGAAGAAACACACACUGGCCCGAGAAGACGUUUUUCCAGCCAACGCCCUCCUAGAGAUCCGUCCAUUCCAAGUGUGGCUUCAUCACCUUGACCACAAGGGUGAGGCAACGGUGCACAUGGAUACCUUCCAGGUAGCUCGCAUUGCCUACUGCACAGCUGACCACAACGUGAGCCCCAACAUCUUCGCCUGGGUGUACAGAGAGAUCAAUGAUGACCUGUCUUACCAGAUGGACUGCCACGCUGUGCAAUGUGAGAGCAAGCUGGAGGCCAAGAAGCUGGCACAUGCCAUGAUGGAGGCCUUCAGGAAGACUUUCCACAGUAUGAAGAGUGAUGGGCGGAUCCAUAGGAGCAGCUCCUCUGAAGAGGCUUCCCAGGAAUUAGAAUCUGAUGAUGGCUGAAGGAAUUUAAGAUGUUCCAGGGAAGGCAGCAAUUGGGCAAGGAAUUUCAGAAGAUAGAUGCAUUUGCAAUGAUUCAAAUUUGGUAUGAAAAGACUGCCAAAACUAUUGGCUGACCAUGCUUUUUAAAUUCAGAAGAGCAAUUCUAAAUCUAAAGAAAUGUAUCAUUAAUUAUGUGACAUUGAAAUCUGCUGCUGCUGUGACCAUGAGGAGAGUGGGUGUAUGGGCGGGGAGGAAGGUUCCAGACUGUCUGCUCGGUUUUUUUCUCCUAUUCCAACACUUCCUGGUGGGAGAUCUCCACGACUAUUUUCACCAUUCUCAGGCAAAUGCUCUCGGGCUAUAGUCUGAUGGACUGUUCUAAUCUGCCUUAUGAAAUCCAACAGGAAUGUUAGAGACAUAUCUGUGAUCCCUAGGCUGGUGGGUGGUAUGGGGAGGUGAUGCUGGUGUGGAGGUCGCAGGAUGGAAGGGACAUGUCCAGCCCAGGUGACUGACUGAUUGCUCCUCUCUCUUGGCAUGUUUGCAGACACUCUCCUCAGUACUGGUGAAUCAGCAGAGCUUGGAUUGAGCUUUACAACUAACAGCACGCUAGAUGGCAGUUAAUUCGCAGUUAAAGCUAAUGCUUUGAUUUACGUGAGCAUAUCAAGUAGUAACCUCCUAUUGUAUUUACUUCAUCUAUUUUCUUAGAAUCCUUGCAACUAAUGAUCAUGCUCCUCCUUCUGCCCCAUCAUGUUCUUUCUCCUUCCAGCCUCCCCAAAAGGGAUGGAAGCUCAACACAUUGCAGGACUCCAACAGGGAAGAAAAUAACAAAUUAAUUCAAUAAACCGUCAGCAGACCUAC